CGUUCCGAAGUGGGUGGGUCCGUGUUCAUUCAUAAAUCCUCGGCCCCUCUUAAAUCAAAAUUAAGGUGUUCAAGAGAGACGGAAAGGGGGACUUCCUUCCCCAAGACAUACAUAAAAAAAAACAACAACAACAACCCACCAAAUUGCAACCUCCGCCGCUUCGCUUUUGGAUCGCCCAGGGAUCGCACGAAUUCGCCCUUUCUCUCUCCUUUCCCAGCCGAAUCGCGUUCUGCCAGGAAAGAAAACCAGCCACGGAGAAAAAGGAACGAGAGAGAGAGACAGACAGAGAGAGAGAGAGAGAGAGAGAGAGAGAGAGACGCUGGUCCAUCUCCGGGCACCACCAGGAGACGAGGGACUGCGAAGAUGCUGUGAGCCCGAACCAGCCAUGGUGCCUCUCUUCCCCCCCAAACAUGUGAGCUGCAAGAAAGAACCAAACGAGAAGCAGGGAUAAAAGCUGCGAGAGAGAGAGAGAGGGAACGAAAAAAGGAAGAAGAAAAAAAAAGAGGAAAAAAAGACUGCAGUCCGGUCGUUGUUGUUCUUCCUCCUCCUUCUCUUCAGCCCAGUUUUGAUUGAUGCCGGUGCAUCUGUUUUCCACUCUUCUUAAUUUUCCUGAGUCUGUUGGUUUUUUUUAAAAAAGCCAACUACGAGUUCUGAUUUAUAUGCCCAGCUGGGAAGAGACCUUCUACUCUGGCCACAGACAAUGAGCGAUGCGUUUACUUCAUGGGCAAAUACGACAACUGAAGGAGUGACGACGGUGCCUGGAGAAGUGAGCCCCCAGGACGGUUAUGUGUUCCUUCUUGUACUUCUUUCUAUCUUUAUCGGGGGCACUUUGGUGUUGCUGUUUGGCAUUCUGAUCGUCUGCCGGCGCUGCUGCGAAACAGACCGAAGGCACUCCAGAGCCAGCGAUGACCCAGAAAAAACGAAUACCACCUAUCUGGAUGACUCACAGCCGGCACAAGACAUCACCAUCAAAGUGGAUGACCCAGAAUGCAUGUCCAGCUCCAGCUAUCGAGAUGCAGAGAGCGAGCGGUUUCUAUCUUCUGGGAGCGCCACGGGGCGGCGGGUGUCUUUCAACGAAGCUGCCCUUUUUGAGCAGAGCAAGAAAACGCAGGAGAAGGGAAGGAGGUACACUCUGACCGAGGGUGAUUUCCAUCAUUUGAAGAACGCCCGUCUCAGCCAUCUGCCUCUGCCACCCUCGGCUGCCCUUAAAAUCGUCACCAUUCACGAGUGUGAAGCCAACGAGAACAGCGUCAUGAUGACUCCCCGCCUCCCACCUGCCAAGCCGAGCCUUGCCAUCUUUCAACCAAGCGGAAGCCCCCUGCCAAAGACGGUGCUGACCAGCCAUGGGGGCCUGUGUUCGAGUUCCACACUACCAGGGGACACUUUUAACUCCAGCGUUGAAGCUGCUUCCUCCGUUUCAUCUGACUCAGGCGAGGGAGUUGCGUCUGGCGGUGCAGCCAAGGCCGCCAAAGGAACCGCCAUGGCUCCUCCACAGGAGCCCAGCUCAGCACCUCCCCAGGGCACCGUCCUCCAUUUCCUGACCCGCCUGCGCCGCCACGCUAGCCUGGAAGGAGCGAGUCCCUAUUUCAGGAUCAAGAAGUGGAAACUGGAGACCAGCCAGAGGGCAUCCAGUCUGGACACGAGAGGGUCCCCCAAGCGUCACCAGUUCCAGCGACAACGAGCCGCCAGUGAAAGCAUGGACCAAGAUCGCGAUCCUCAUCAGACGGACAUUAUCCAGUAUAUUGCCCGGACGGACGAUGUGGUUUUCCGGCCCGUGGCUGGACCGUUCUUGCCUGCUCCGGCCAGUCCAACAUUAUCUCUCGGCAGGUUAGAGUCUUCCGAACCAUCCAGCCCCACCCCACCCGAGCCAUUGGAACAGCAGCCCACUCCCCUUUAUCAUGACAUCUGGAGCCUACGGGCAUCGCUAGAGAAGUGUGUUUCAUCAGAGAAGGGCAAUGACCAGGACUCAGCACCUAGUGAUGGUGGGGACAGCGUUUCCUCGAGCGGUGGGCUACCGAGUUUUUCCUCCUCUUUGGCCGAUGAGGCUGAAGCCGGAGAAGACAGGUCCUUGGCGAAACCCAAGCAGGAUAGCGUUGAGAUGGAAGCCGGGACCCGUAAACUCUUGCAGAUGGAUAGCGGCUAUGCUUCCAUUGAAGCCCCCAGUGGCCGAGUAGGAGAAGACCAGACGGCCUCGGAGAAACGUUUCUGCUUCACCAGCGCUGGACGCAAGGCCACCAUCUUUGAGAGCUUUGAGAGACAGGAGCCAGAAGCAGAGGAGGAAGAGGAAGAGGAAGAGGAAGAGGAAGAGGAGGAAGCAACUGGUGCCGUUGGAGGUCUCCUCCCUUCUAGUCCAUUGCUCUGGGCACCAUAUGGGCAGAUGUUCCCCACACGAGAAUCCUUCCCUCGCCGAGACUACAGCAUCGAUGAAAAAACAGACGCGCUCUUCAACGCCUUUGUUCGCCACGACCCCCAAUUCGAUGAAUCCCCCCUGCGGGCCAAACACCGCUCCCGGACCCAUUUGAGGAAGCAAUGGCAGCGUACCAAGCAGUACAGUGACCCAGGUGUCCGUUACCCCACCGCUCUGGAGAGGCACCGGACCCCCCUACGUCGGGGCGACAGCGUCAACUACCCCCUGGAAGGCCGCUUCCACAGCACCCUGCCACGUAUUGUCAGCUCUGGGGACGAGGAGGUGGCCUCACCCGCCGCAGAAACGGGGGAGAAGAUUCAGGUGAUUGAGGAAGAACCGCCGGAGGAGGCCAAAACGGGACCUGACCCGUACACCAGGGACUGCCUCGAAAGUGGUCAGUGUCCAGGGCUGGGCACAGAACUCCUGGACAAGAUCGCAGGGGGGCUGGAGGACAUGUUUUUCACACCCUUGAAAAAACCACGAGAGAGUCUAGAGUGUGUGGUGAUGGUGGCCGCCCGGGCUUCCCCUGAGCACAGCCCCGAAUAGUGGCAAGGGGAAACACCGGGAUGACCCUUUCUCUAUCUCGCCCCGGGGCUGGGAGGUGCCACGCAGGGCCUGCCAGCCAGCUGGGAUGCAGGGUGCUCCAGGGGCCCGAGGGCACGGAGCAAGAUCGAGGUACACCCUCCUGCUCUGUCAGCCUUCCGCUGUGUACCAGGAAGCCCCACCUGGAGGUCCCCUUGGGGGUUGAGAAGGUCCAGGGCUGAAGACUUGGCCAGCGGAGAUUCCUGUCUCUCUGGCCAGAAGACGGAGCCCACCGAGGAUCUGGGGAAGCUCUGGUUGGAUCCAUCCAUGCCUUUCCAGCAGGGGCCCGGAAGGUGGGUGGGGGAAGCACAUCCCAAGAGGGGAGACCUUCCCUUUUGGGAGGGGGGUAGUCCAAAGAGAGUAGGGCGUCCGCUGGAGAGCCGAAGGGCCUUCUCUUCCUCCUGGUUAGAUCCAGGGGUGGGGACAGGGGAGAACUCAACCGAAUCUCUCCCCAUUUUGAAGCAGGUUUGCCAAAGUCGGCGUUAUCUCUUGCACAGCCAGGAAGUUUUAAGUUUUCAGGGGCUCGUUCUCGAGAAUAAUAAUAAUAAUAAAUAAUAAUAAUAAUAAUAAUAAUAAGAGAAAACAGCCCCCAAAUCUACCGGAGGCCUAACAUACCUCACACUCUACGAGCUGGUUGUAGCAGAUAAUUUCAGCUCCUUCCACCUUUCCCCGUGCACACCUCUCUCUCUCUCUUUCUCUCUCUCUGGUUUUUUACAAGCAAUAACCUGUCCUCCCCCCUCCACCACCAGCAAAGCCAUCUUUGCUCGAAGGUCCUUGCGGAGGGAGGGGCCGGCUUCGCCUUCCAGGUGGGGCAGGAUCCCCUAUCUCAGCCCACGGACGGACAGACGGAUGUUCCUCCACCUUUUUUGCAUGGUGUGAUGUGUGGAAGAGUUUACAUUUUCUCGAGUGGAGGAAUCUGCACUUCCUGGACGGGGUGGGGGCGGUGGGUG